AUGACUGCCAAGCCCUGUUCACAUUAUGAGUCCUGGUGGUACUCAGACUCCACCCGCUACGAGUACCUCAAGAGCGACCUUUUCUGGACACUCGCAGUCCUCAUCAUAGUUAAUUGCUGGUGGUCAGCCAAGCAGGUCGAUUCUUUCCCGGAUGAAGACAACCAAGAUGACAAAAAGGACGAAAAGAAUACUUCUCUCGUUAAAUCCAGCUCUGCAACCCCGCAGCCUCACCCUGGCUUUUGGCUCAAGGAUCGCAUUACGUCACGACUUCGCAAAUAUCUCGCCCUGUUAGUCUGCACAUCUGUGUUCCCUCUCUUGGUUCUCCAUGGUUCCUGGGUCAUCAAAUCCGCUUGGCGAAUUUCUUUCGGGCUGGUCAAUCGCACAUACCCAAGCUCCUUCAAGCCGCGGAUGCUGGGCUUUAUCGUCUACUCGCCAAUUGCUACUAUCAUAUUGCUAGCUUGGGUAGCCGUCUUGGGUGCUGGUGUCUUUAUUCUCGCGACGCAGACUUUACUUUGGAUCAAGAUCUGGGAAAUCAAUACUGAUGCGAAAUCUAUCAUUCCUGUCCCAAGAGAUGACAUGAAGAAAGUCGAUGGUGAUGGUGACUGGGAUGAGGUCAAAGAAGGCGAACAAGAGGAUAUCAAGAAGACUUAG